AUGAAAACCUCGCUCACCUUCCCCCACUCUCACUCACUAUCCUUCCUUUCUCUCUCUCUCUCUCUGUCUUUCUCUUUCGCUCUCCCCCUCUCUAUCUCUCUAUCUUCCCUUCUUUCUGUCUGUCUGUUUCCUUCUCUCUCUUCACAUCUCUUUCUCUCCUCGUUCUCCCCUCUCUCUCUCUCUCUCUCUACCAUUCCCCUCUUUCUGUCUCCCUCUUUCUCCUCUCUCUUGCUCUCUGUCUUUUCCCUCUUUCUAAUCAGCCUCGUUCUCCCCCCUCUCUCUCUCUAUCAUUCCCCUCUUUCUGUCUCCCUCUUUCUCCUCUCUCUUGCUCUCUGUCUUUUCCCUCUUUCUAAUCAGCCUUGUUCUCCUCCUCUCUCUUUAUCUAUCUAUCUAUCUAUCUAUCUAUCUAUCUAUCUAUCUAUCUAUAUAUAUAUAUAUAUAUAUAUAUAUAUAUAUAUCAUUAACCACUUUCUGUCUCCCUCUUUCUACUCUCUCUCUCUCUCUCUCUUGCUCUCUGUCUUUUCCCUCUUUCUUCCUACCUGCAUCUUUCUCUCUCCCCCUUUCCCUCCCUCUCUAUCUUUCUCCUCUUUUGUCUGUCUGCCGUCUCUCGCUCUCUCUCUAUUUUUUUUCUUCUUCAUUCUCAUUCAAAUGAUCUACUUUUCUGUUAUUGACCAUUCUUACUCACUUUUUCUUUUGCACUUUCUUCUUUUCUCCAUCUCAUCUUUCUUUCUUACUUUCUUUCUUACUUUCUUAUUUUCUUUCUUUCUUUCUAUUUAUUUCAUCGUUCUUAGUAUUCAUGUUCUGUUUGGUUGUUUUUCUUUUGAACAUGUUUGUCACUUUAUUUACAUCAAUAGAUUCUUCUUUCCUUCUUUCUUUCUUUCUUUAUUUCUUUCGAUCAAGUUAAUUUUUCCUUUUCGCGUCUUUUCAUUCUUAUUUUUUCUCUUUUGUUUCUUUUGA